GCAGGAAUGUAGCUUGCGAUAAGUGUUUCCUUAAUAUUGAUAUGAAACAUGUAUAGAAUUCAGCUUGCUGAAAAAUAAAGCCGCCUCCUUCCUGUGGUGACAGCCCAGCCAAUCAGCUGCUCCACUUCCUGCCCUUCAGUUAACGACGGUGGGUGGGUUUGUCGCGACAACGGAGGUGUAACAUUUUAGAAAGUGUUUCGUAAAGCGGCACUUAAAUUGGUUAUUAGUCUUAACUUAACCAAAACCAAGUCAGAGGAGUCGUUACUCUUCCAUUUCUCGGAAUAUAUAUCCGUCUAACAGCUAGUUUCAGCCUGUUCGCAGUGGAGUGUCAGUCUAUCAUGUGAUGUUAAACAUGGGGCGCCUGUUGCUCGAUUCUUGAAAAGUUCCCUAAAAGCUUCGUCUACCCGUAAAAGUUCGGUUAUUUUCGCGUAGCGUAGGUCAUCCAUUGUUCCACAUGGAGGUGAACCGUUUGGACUUCUACAUCGGCCUCUCUUUGGCGGUGAGCUCCAGUGCUUUUAUCGGUGCCAGUUUCAUCCUGAAGAAGAAAGGCCUGCUGCGAUUGGCCAGCAAGGGUUCAAUGCGAGCAGGUCAAGGGGGGUAUGCCUACCUUAAGGAAUGGCUGUGGUGGGCAGGACUAAUUUCAAUGGGAGCUGGAGAGGCGGCUAACUUCGCUGCAUAUGCAUUUGCGCCAGCCACACUGGUGACUCCUCUUGGAGCAUUGAGUGUACUUGUGAGUGCUGUGCUCUCCUCUUACUUCCUGAAUGAGAGGCUGAAUGUGCAUGGGAAGAUUGGUUGUUUGCUGUGCGUCUUGGGCUCCACAGUGAUGGUGAUCCACGCCCCCCAAGAAGAGGAAGUUGCUUCCCUCACUUCCAUGGCAGAGAAGCUCAGAGAUCCAGGUUUCAUUGUGUUUGCUGUGUGCGUUGUGGGAAGCAGCCUGGUUCUUAUCUUUGCUGUGGCUCCACGGUUCGGACAGAGGAAUGUGCUGGUCUACAUCCUGAUCUGCUCUGUGAUUGGCUCCCUGUCUGUGUCUUGUGUCAAGGGCCUGGGCAUUGGCAUUAAGGAGCUGUUUGCGGGGACAGCAGUACUGAAGGAACCCCUGUUCUGGGCCUUAGUCAUCUGCCUGGUAACGUGUGUCAGCGUCCAAAUCAAUUACCUGAACAAAGCCCUCGACAUCUUUAAUACCUCCAUAGUCACGCCCAUCUACUACGUCUUCUUCACCACGUCUGUCAUGGCCUGCUCAGCUAUCCUGUUUAAGGAAUGGUUGAGCAUGACCACUGAUGAAAUAGUGGGAACAAUUAGUGGGUUCCUUACCAUCAUUUUAGGGAUCUUCCUCCUCCAUGCCUUCAAGGACAUUACAUUUAGCUGGGAUUCCCUCCCACUGUACCUGAGGAAGGGUCCUCAGGGCUUUCCAUGGGGCCACCAGUCCUAUGUGGCUCUUCCCAGCCAUGACAGUCAAGCAGAGGAUGAGAUGAAGCUGCCAAGAGAAGGGGGCUCAAAAGCAGGGUGGGGUACACACCAGAGAGCUCCUUAGCAGUCAUGUUACUACUUAAAGAAGUUGCUUAUGGCAAUUAUGAAGCUUUAAUGCACAUCACAGCUUUACAAUGUGACAAUGGUAGUUUACUAAAUAUGAAUUUCAAGUCUGUCUUACACAAUGCAGCAUACACCAGAUGAACAAAGUUGCCUUAAAAUGAGCAUAAUGUUGGUAUCAAGACACUGUAGUCCAUAUAUAAUUUAUGUUCUUAGUUGUACAUGAUGGUGCAUCCACAUCGUUUUCUAUUGGUCGGUAGUUUAAUUUAUAGCCAAGUGAAUGUCUGUUGCACUGCUGUGUACAUUUUUUACAGUAUAUGAAGUUAAAUUCAUAUUAGAUUUAAUAUUAGCCUGCACAUGCCAGAUUGUGCCUUCUGUUACUGAAAUGAUAACUUGUUCAUAGUUUUGCACUUUUAACCCUGAUCAUAUAUUGUACAAAUGUAUGAACUGAUUGAUGACCAGUUAUGGCAAACACUUAAUUUGCCCUGAAUGCAUUCAAUCAUCUGUUGUUGAUGAACAAGUUUUAAUAAUUCCUCUGAUGAGUUACUGUUAAUACCUCAUACAAACUGCACCAAAGAAUGUUCUUUCCCUCCUAUGAAUUAAUUCCCGACAUGUGCCAAGCUGUAACAUAUCUCUGAUGUAACUGUAUUUUUUUGUGUGUGUUUGGUGAUGUUGAUUAAAACAUAACUACAACAAUA